UUUUAACAAUACUUUAUGUUUAUACAAGCCGGAUUUAUAAACACCAACAAUGUCAUUAGUCAAGCAGCUAGAUCCUGCAAUUUGCAACGUGAAAGUUACCCCUGGAGCUGUGGUGUGCUUUGAGGCAGACUAUUAUGGGGACAUAACCAUUGGUGCUCGCACAGUCAUUCACCCAAAGGCCCGUAUCAUUGCUGAGUCAGGACCUAUUAUCAUCGGGGAAGGCAACCUGAUCGAGGAACAAGCUCAGAUAAUAAACAAACUGCCAGAGGGUGUUGAGGCUGGUGAUGAGCCUCCAGUGAUGGUGAUAGGCAACAACAAUGUCUUUGAGGUGGAUAGCUACUGCCAGGCUUCAAAAAUGGGCGAUAACAAUGUCCUGGAAGCUAAGAGUCACAUAGGCCCGGGUGUGGAACUGUCCCGUGGGUGUGUGGUGGGGUCCCUGUGCUCUAUGGUGUGUCCACAAGUUGUACAAGAAAACACAGUUAUUUACGGGGAUGAACUUCACCACAGAACUCAGUCGGAGAAGCCAGCCCCACAAGGACUCCAGCUGGACUUCCUCACCAAAAUUCUGCCCAACUACCAUCACUUAAUUAAACCUAAGAAAAAGGCAGUGGAAUCUCAGCAUCAAUAAAACAGUCUUCAGGAGGCAGAAAGGCUUGCUCGGAGGUGAGAAAGGCCGCUUCUUUGAUCAUGGUAGGUUCAUAGUUUAGCAGGGCAUUGAAACUUUUCUGGUCUUCUUUUGUCGGAAGUAGUGGGAAUUUUAAGUUUAUUUUCACUGUAAUUUUGCCAGCGAAGACAUUUUCGUCACCUGUUACCUAAGAUGGGAAAAAUAUAGUCAUUAUCUAUCAUCAUAUCUAUACACUAUAUAAAACUAAUACAAAUAUAUUUUCCAUGCACAGUACAGUAGAUUUUGAUAUAUAAACUGGCAUUGUGCAUAAUGUUGGGGAACUCAUCUAUUUAAAAAACAAAAUGCAGAUGGAGUGGAUAGAUUCAGGGGAUGAUUAGCCCCCACCACCUUAUUUAAUUUCUCUGAUGAUAAAACACACCCUAAUGCUGUGAAGGAAGGGGGGGGGGUAGAUUAUUUUAGGUUAAGUUAGCAUUAGGGAGAUUAAUCCUACUUUGAAAUAAGCUGGAUGGCUGAUCUACAGAUGAUUCUAAUGAAAUCAGUAACUUAUUCACUUUUAUUUACCUUGUAACCAUGUAUUUCAUUUUCAUCUUUAUAUCGGAAGAGAAUCACCUCUAGGCCAUGAGAUGAAUACGAGCCUUGGAAAAGUCCUGGUGAUAUAAUAUGUUUUGGCAAGGUACCGUCAUCUAGCUUCAGGGGAGAUGGUACGUCCUCAAGUGUCGGGAGAGUUAGGGGAAGAUGCACCAGACCUUUU